UACGCGCAUUCAUAGAUAAAGACAAGCGCGCAUUGUUCUGUAACACCGUAUUCUGUGCUGUGCUCUCAGCUGUGGACUUUAGAAAGUGUUUUGUGCUAUUCUCACAAUAAGUUUUACGGACAGACUCGUUUUCAAGUGAACCUUUGUUGUACCCAUCAUUCUACGUAGCUUAACAAAGCCAUCGCUGAUUAUUUGAACAGUAACGGAUAUACUGAAGCACUGGAUGCAUUCAAAAAAGAAGCAGACAUGCCCGGUGAGGUGGAAAAAAAAUUUGGAGGACUCCUGGAGAAGAAGUGGACAUCUGUAAUCCGUUUACAGAAAAAAGUCAUGGAGCUCGAAUCGAAACUUAAUGAUGCCGAAAAAGAAUACAUCGAAGGAGCACCUACCAGGAAUAAACGAAGCCCAGGCCAAUGGAUUCCGAGGCCACCAGAGAAAUUCUGUUUGACUGGACACCGAGCUCCACUCACUCGUGUUAUAUUUCAUCCUGUAUUUAGUCUCAUGGUUUCUGCUAGUGAAGAUGCCACAAUGAAAAUUUGGGACUUUGAGACCGGAGAAUAUGAAAGAACCCUCAAAGGUCACACUGACUCAAUACAAGAUGUUGCGUUCGAUGCAACUGGAAAACUAUUGGUAUCUUGCAGUUCGGACAUGAGCAUCAAGUUUUGGGACUUCCAGCAAAGCUUCGAAUGUAUUCGCACUAUGCUCGGUCAUGACCACAGCGUAUCGAGUGUCGCCUUCAUACCGACCGGUGAUUUUGUAGUCUCAUGCAGCCGGGACAAGACGAUCAAAAUGUGGGAAGUGUCAACCGGUUAUUGCAUUAGGACAUAUACCGGACAUAGAGAAUGGGUGAGGAUGAUCAGAGCAUCUCAAGAUGGCAGUUUAUUGGCGAGCUGUUCUAAUGAUCAGUCUGUUCGCAUUUGGUCAGUGACAUCAAAAGAAUGCCGGAACGAGUUACGGGGUCAUGAGCAUGUGGUCGAAUGCAUUGCUUGGGCACCUGAUGCUUCUGCCAGUGCUAUAAAUGAAGCUGCUGGUGCCGAUAAUAAGAAGGGAGCACAUAUGGGUCCAUUCCUAGCUUCUGGCUCCAGGGAUAAAACGAUUAGAAUAUGGGAUGUUGGUGCCGGCAUUGCAUUAUUUGCACUCACAGCUCACGAUAAUUGGGUGCGAGGGGUAGUAUUUCAUCCUGGUGGCAAAUUUUUGGUUUCUGCCAGUGAUGAUAAAACUCUUCGAAUUUGGGAUUUACGAAAUAAGCGCUGCUUGAAGACCUUAGAUGCUCACAAACAUUUCUGCACGUCAGUAGAUUUUCACAAAACAUACCCUUACGUCGUUUCCGGGAGUGUAGAUCAAACAGUAAAAGUGUGGGAAUGUCGUUAAGAAAAAAUCGACACGUUUACUAUUGCAGAUGAAAGAAUAGUCGAUUACAUUUGCUGCAAUUCUGUUGGUGUAAAUUGUUAAUAUCUUUAGUUAGUUUAAGGCAAAAUAUUUCAGUUUAUUUUUAAUUUUAAAUAUUUUAUAGUACUUAUUAGACAACUAGCCAGUAGUUGGUUGUGUUUCGAUAUAAUAAGUCUAUUUCGAGAAUAUGUUUAUCUUAUAUAUGAUGCGUGUGCGGAGACAACACAUAAUGCUACUUUAGUCAUAUUUUAAAUUCUCUUUCAACAACUUUAGCAUAGAUGCUUUUGUGAGCUGUUCGGAUAAUGUAAUUCUCUGAAAUCUGAAUGCUACAUUUCCUUUUAAUGAUCUUACAAUAAGUCAAGAUUAAUCGAGCACAUGAGGUACCGAUAUCCACGUUUUAAAAAAUGUUGGUCUCGGUUGAUGUUCAGAUUUAACAGUUGUUUUCUCUUGUGGAUCAAAUAUAUGCUUGUGAUCUAUGUGUUGCGUUACGCAUUUAUGGAGAAUUCAUAUAUUUGGUAGGACAUAAUGCGCGAAACUGUCCGGUUUAAAAUUUGCUAUGUUUUUGAGUAAAUUAAAUUAAGUUAUAUCGUAGAUUAUAUAACUAUUGGUUUCCACCUAACAAUACGGAUUUUGCUGUAAUUAAGAUAUACCUUUAAAUUGAUAAUUAGGAUGAUUGGUUUGUGCAGCUCAAUGGUAACAUGGUGAAUGGAAAGUUUGUUUCAUGACAAAAAUAUUGAGUAUCUAUCUAUGUCUAACCUAUACACGUAUAUUGUUUAAUGUUCUUUUCGGAACUUGUAUAAUCGGAUGCAUAAGAAUUAAAUCUUGUAACAAUAUAUUAAUCCAGCGUAUUUUAGUCUUAUUAAUAUUGUAGGUCAUUUAAUAGAAUUAGUAGCCCAGUUAGUACUGCAGAGAUUAGUAACCUUUUUUCGGUUUGUUACUGCUCUUCAAUAUGAUUUAUAUAUAUUUGCUAUAUUUUAAACUGCUAUUAUUAAAUGUUCACAACAUGUGUAUUGUUGGUUGUAGUAGCAUUAAUAAACUACGUUUUCUUUAGCCUCA